GUCAUGUUUAUUUAAAAUAAAUUGGAAAAUUAUCGAAACGCGGCGGGUUAAACUAAUUUCGAAUUGUUUAAUAAUUUCAAUGGAAAAAAUGUGAAAUUAAAAUAAAAAUAUUAACGAAAUAUGAUAUAAAAAUUAAAUCAAAUUAUGAAAUAAUUGCAAAAUAUUUAAAAUAUAAAAUAAUUGAGAAAUAAUUACAAAAAGUGUUGAAAUAAUUUGUUUAAAAUAUUAAUUGAAUUCAAAAUAGAUAUAAAUAAAGAAAUAGAAAAGAAAAUUUAUUAUGGGUUGCAGCUGUUGUGAAUCAAAAGACAGGGUUGAAAAUUAUGUUACAAAUGAUUUUGAAUUACUACCGACCGAUGACACUUAUGGAGAACCACUAACUUAUGAUAGAGCAUUUAAAGGACCCUUACAUAAUAGAUCUUGUACAGAUGUUUUGUGUUUAUUUAUAUUCGUAAUAUUUUUAGGAUGUUGGGGAUAUGUUGCUUAUUAUGCUUUCACAUUUGGAGACUUACAUAAGUUAUUAACACCAACGGAUCAAUUUAAUAGAAGAUGUGGUCAAGAUAGUGGUGUUAUUGAUAAACCAUAUUUAUUUUUUUUUAAUUUAGAAAAUUGUAUUGAUCCAUUUGCACCAAUAACUGGUUGCCCAACACAACAAGUAUGUGUUGAAAAAUGUCCUGAUGAAUUAUUUAUAUAUGAAAAGGAUGCAAAAAAAUUAACAGAUGCAGAAUUAAAAAAAAAAUUAAUAUGUUUAAAUGAAAAAGAUUAUUUAACACCAGAACAAUCUAUAAAAAAUAAUAGGUGUGCCAAAUGGUAUGUCAAAAGUAAACCAUUUUUAAAUCGUUGCGUUUGGGAUUUUUCAUCGGAUAUAUGCCCAAUAAUUCCAUCAAAUUUAUUAAAUAAUAAUUAUAUGUAUAAUAGUCGAUAUAAACGUCAAAUUGAUGACAGAUAUAAUAAUACAAUUAUUAACAAAAAUCAUUCAAAUUCAUAUUAUUUUAAUAAUUAUGAUAACAAUGAUAAUGAUAAUGAUGAUAAUAUAAUAAAAAAUUUGAUUUCAUCACAAAUAAAAACAUUAAAUUUUAUUGAAGAACCAAUUGAAUAUAAUACACAUUAUAAAACACAUCAAUCAUCAUCUAUACAAAACAUUAUAACAACAAGAACAACAACAACAACGAUAACACCAAUAAUAGAUGAUAUAACAAUAUCAUCAAUACAAAAUACAACAGAAAAACUAAAAUCAUCAACAAUAUUUCCGGCUGGUUUAGAAGUAUAUGAUCAAAAAAAGAAUGAACAACAAAAGCCAGUUAAUGAACCAACAUGUCCAGUUCGACGUAUUUUAAAUGAUGAAAUUAUUAUGCAAAAAGUUAAAGAAACUGAUACAUAUUUAGCUAAAUUUGUUGGAAAUUUUGUUGCACAUUUUUAUACUGGAGAAAAUCCACAAGAUUUUGGCCAAAAAGUUGUUGAAGAUAUUGUUGAAUCAUGGCCAACAGUACUUGGAGCCUUAAUAAUAACAAUGAUUGUCUCUUUAAUUUUUAUCGCAUUAAUGAGAUGGAUUGCAGCACCGGUAUUAUGGUUUUCAAUAAUUGGUGCAUUAGCAGCUUUAGCAUUUGGAAUAUAUUUUUGUGUUAGUGAAUAUUUAUAUUGGCGUGAAAAUCCAGGUGUUAUACGAACAGCAUAUAAUAUACGUGGUCAGGUUCAAACAAUUUUUGAAAAAGAAUCAACAUGGCUUUAUCUAUCAAUUGCAACAUCUGUUGUAUUUUUAAUAAUUCUAUUACUUGUGAUAUUUUUAAGAAAAAGAAUUGUUAUUGCUAUUGCUUUAGUAAAAGAAGGUAGCAAGGCAGUUGGUAGCAUAAUUUCGUCAGUUUUCUUCCCAAUUCUUCCAUGGUGCUUACAAAUUCUAACAUUAGGUUUUGCUAUUGCAGUCGGUUUAUAUUUAGCAUCAAUUGGUGAACCAACAUUCCGUGUAGCUGGAAUAUUAGAUAAUAAAUGUUUAUGCAAGGGGCCAGCUGUUAAUUAUAAGAAAGGUGGUUUAUGUAAUCCAAAAGAUUUUAAUAUGUAUUGCUCAGAGACAGCUGGUUCAACAAGCUCAUUCAAUUUCUUCCGAGGAGAAACUUCUUUACCGUGUACAGAAGCUGGUUGUUAUUUUGAAAGAAUACAAAGUCCUACAUUAGUUACAUAUUUUCAUAUUUAUAAUGUAAUCGGAUUCUUUUGGUUGGAAUUUUUUAUAUCGGCUCUUGGUGAAAUGGUGUUAGCAGCAACAUUUGCUACUUGGUAUUGGACUUUUCAUAAAUCAGAUGUCCCGUAUUUUACAACAACUAAAGCAUUUUGUCGUACAGUAAGAUAUCAUUUGGGAACACUAGCAUUUGGAUCAUUAAUAUUAACAAUUUGUCGUCUUAUACGUUUAGUAUUGGAAUAUAUUGAAACAAAAUUAAAAAAAUAUGACAAUGCAUUUACAAGAGCAAUUUUAUGCUGCAUGAAAUGCUUUUUCUAUUGUUUAGAACAGUUUUUAAGAUUUUUAAAUCGUAAUGCAUAUAUUAUGUGUGCUAUACAUGGUAAAAAUUUCUGUUCAAGUGCUAAAGAUGCUUUUAAUUUAUUAAUGAGAAAUUUUUUGCGUGUUGUUACUUUGGAUAAAGUGACAGACUUCUUAUUCUUUUUAUCAAAAUUAUUAUUAACAAUUGGAGCUGGAGCUGGAACGUAUUUUUAUGUUGAAAAUUAUUAUGAGGGCACAGAUAAAUUAUAUUAUAGUGGUGUUCCAACUGCAAUUGUUGUUAUUGCAACAUAUUUAAUUACCAGUAUAUUCUUUGGAGUUUAUUCAAUGGCUGUUGAUACAUUAUUUUUAUGUUUCUUGGAGGAUUGCGAGAGAAACGAUGGUUCAGAAGAAAAACCAUAUUACAUGUCAAAACAAUUAAUGAAAAUAUUGGGUAGAAAGAACAUUAUACCAAGACAUCAGUAUAGAUAAGCUUUAAAUAGAAAUGUAAAAAUUAAUUUUUUUUUAUUUUUAAAAUUUUUUUAUGAAAUUUUAAAUUAUACAUUUUUUUUAUAUACUUACAUAAUAUAAUAUUAAUUUAUUGUUUGAUUUUGAAUUUAAGUAUAGAAAUGAAAUUGAAUUUAUAAAACUUUUUGCCAAAAAAAGACAAAAUUUAAUUAUGAUUAGUUGACAAAGUUCAGGUAAACCAUUUUUAUCUAAUAUCGAAAUUUGUAACUUCUGUUGAUAAUGAGAAAUGAACAUUUAAUUUUUUUUGUUUAUUAAUAAUGCGAAGCAUAAUUUUUUUAUUACAUUUUAAUAUCAAUAAGGAAAAGCAUAUAUAUAUAUUUUAUGGAAAUAUUGAAUUUAAAGAUUAAACAUUUUAUUUUUAUAAGUUUUUUAUCCUCAUCACAAAAUCUCUUUCGAGGGUAAGAAAUAAAAUUAAUGCUUUUUCCCAAAAAUUUUUUUUCUUGGAAAUUAAAUAGAAUUUUAAAAACAAUAAUCCAAAUAUGUAUUUAAGUGUCUAUAAUUUAUUUUUCUUCAGAUUAACUUUGAACAAUUUAUUUUUUUUAUUAUACACAAACAUCAUAUUAUCAAUUAAAUUUUGAUUGUAAUACUGAUAUUCUAACUCUAAUUUUGAUUUGAUUGAAUUUUUCACAAAAAUAUCUGAAGAAAUGCAUAAAGAAAAAUAAAUAAAAUGCACGAUAUCAGUGGUGAUUACCUUACUUAAAUAUCAAUUUUUGGAUCCUUUGAUUUAUUCUUAGUUUAAUUUAUUCAAUUUACGUCCAUUUUCUACUACAUAUUUUUAAAUUUAUAAAAGAAUUUUGUUAUUUUUUUACAGUUAUAUAUUUAUUUUUAAAAAUUAUAUGCAUAAAUUAUCAUUAUUUUUAAUAGAAACUAUAACAUAAAACAAAUGAAAAUGCCAAAUUUUUGUAGCACACAAAAAACUAUAAUUAAUAGAAUUUAAAAACUUGUAUACAAAUUAAAAAUAAAAUUGAGAAUUAUGAAAAUAAUAUAUAAGUGAUAAGGCGAAGAAAAUAAAUUGAAAGUAUUGGCAUAGAAAACUUUUAUAAUAAAAUGAAAGAAAUAAAUGGAUUAUAUGUAGAAAACGAAUCAUGUCAAUAAAUACUUUUAUGAAA